AUGGGACUUGCAACACCAGACACCCAGCACCUGAGAGAUACCAAAUACUCGACAGUCUACGAGCCCGCGGAAGACACCUACCUGCUCCUUGAUGCGCUCGAAAACGACCAAUCCACACUCCACUCGAACCCACCAACGAUCUGUGUAGAAAUAGGCUCUGGCUCCGGCUGCGUCUCCGCAUUCCUCGGCCAACUCCUCCACCCAACUCGCGCCCUUAUCCUAUCCAUAGAUAUUAACGCGGCAGCCACCGAGGCCACUAAAGAAACCACCCUAAAGACGAAUUGCUCGGCUGCAUUUGAGCAAUGCAGGACGCGGUUUGUGCAAUCCAUGUCUGAUAGGUUAGCGGGUGGCGUUGAUGUGCUGCUGUUUAAUCCGCCCUAUGUGGUGACGCCGUCGGAGGAAAUUGAUGUGAGUGCGGAGGCGUCGGCGUGGGCGGGCGGCGUUGAUGGGAGGGAGGUAUUGAAUUUUCUGCUGCCGAUGGUGCCUCGGCUGUUGUCUCCUGGAGGCAGAUUCUACCUCGUGGUUAUUGAGCAGAACAAACCCUUGGAUAUUAUCCGACAGUUAGCCGAGCACGGAGUGGUCGGAGAGCGGGUGUUGGAGAGGAGGGCUGGCAUAGAGCAUUUGUCCAUAUUGCGUUUUAUCAAAACCACUAUUUGA